AAGCUCAUUUCAUCCACCACUUUUGUACUAUGGCAUGUGACUGCACCUGGUGGUAGUGAAACUUUGAAAGGACCUGAGCGGUUAUCUGGUGGCCUGACUUCAGUCCUUGAUGCUGGGAGCGUUGUCCAGGCCUUAUCUAUCCAGUGGAAAGAAGAGCUCUGAAAUCAUGGCGGGGAAACCUAAGCUUCACUAUACCAGAGGAAGGGGGAAGAUGGAGUCCAUCCGGUGGCUGUUAGCAGCAGCUGGGGUUGAAUUUGAGGAAGAAUUUAUAGAAAAAAAGGAAGACCUGGAGAAAUUACGCAAUGAUGGAUCCCUGCUGUUCCAGCAAGUGCCCAUGGUGGAAAUCGAUGGCAUGAAGAUGGUGCAGACCAGAGCCAUCCUCAGCUACAUAGCAGCAAAAUACAAUCUCUAUGGGAAAGACCUGAAAGAGAGAGCCUGGAUUGAUAUGUAUGUGGAGGGAACAACAGACCUGAUGGGAAUGAUCAUGGCUCUCCCUUUUCAAGCAGCUGAUGUGAAAGAAAAGAAUAUUGCCUUAAUCAUUGAAAGAGCUACAACCAGAUACUUUCCUGUUUAUGAAAAGGCCUUAAAAGACCACGGACAGGAUUAUCUUGUUGGCAACAAGCUGAGCUGGGCAGACAUCCACCUGUUGGAAGCCAUUUUAAUGACAGAAGAACUCAAGUCUGAUAUACUGUCUGCAUUCCCUGUGCUACAGGCUUUUAAAGGAAGAGUGAGCAGCAUCCCAACAAUCAACAAAUUCUUGCAGCCUGGCAGCCAGAGGAAGCCGCCAGCAGAUGAGAAAUCAAUUGCUAACGUGAGGAAAAUAUUCAGUAUCUAAUCACGUGGCUGCUGCAGAUAACAUACCUGUAGUGUAUUACCUACGCUGUGCCUCUUUAAGUAAGUGUAAACUGUGUAGAUCUAUCCUGUGGUUUGUGCCCUAUAAUCUUUGAGAUGGAUGACAAUUUAGAUUAGAUUAAAAGGCUGUUGGACCUGCUGAUUACA